AUGCGCGUGACCUCCUCUUUCAUCGUGGUUUCACUGCUCCUGCUGCUGCUGUUGUUCCCGUUCAUGGAGAUGAAACGGGCGGGUAAAGGCAAAGGCCUCAAACGAGCGAGACAAAAGAUGGGACGGGACAGGGUGAAAGGCGUCGGUCGUCACAGCAGAUCCGACCCUCCGAAACCUGCCAACUGCACAGAAUCAUUGGAAUCCGGACAUGUUUUUGCAGAUUGUCAAGAACGUCGCCUCACUUCCAUUCCCAAACAUGAGAUUUGGUCCAGAGCACCCAAGUACCUCCUCUUAGCACGUAACAGGAUUAAGGUCCUUCGUGACGGCGCCUUCGCCGGGUACGAGAGUCUAACCAGUUUGGACUUGCAGCAGAAUCACAUCUCCUUGGUGGAGGAAGAGGCCUUCGAGGGUUUGACUCGACUCACAACUCUGCUACUCCAACACAACCGGCUGACUUCUCUAGGAGAGGAAGCCCUCAUCCCCAUGCCCAAUCUCCGCUAUUUACGCUUUUAUGAUAAUCCCUUGAAUUGUCACUGUGACAUGGACAGUCUUGUACAAACCCUUCAAGUCCCCAGCAACCGAAACUUGGGAAAUCAUGCUAGGUGUGCGGAGCCUCUCAGGCUCAAAGGCAUAAAGUUAAAGCGGAUUGACCCCGAGUUGCUUUGCAAGAAGUUUGACCCGGAUGAAAAGCCCCAGGGUGACCAGACCGACCCUAUAGACCCAGCGGAGCCCAGUCACUUUCAAAACAAACCAGAUGCUACUGCUUCCUGCCACAUUUAUUACUUCCCUCACGUACGUGUGGAUUGCAGUAACCGAGGUCUAACAGAGGUGCCUAUUGGAAUUCCUGAGGAAGCCGUCCAAAUAGAUCUUUCCCAUAAUUCUAUUCGCCACUUGAAGGCCAAGAGUUUCCAAGGAGCAAAGCAUCUGAAAACGCUCAACCUCAGCCACAACAACAUGGAGCGCAUUGAUACUGCUUCCUUGUACGGGCUGCUGCACCUCCGCGAGUUGGAUCUGUCCGACAAUAACCUGUAUUUUAUCCAGUACGGGGUACUUGAAGACCUCUACUUCCUGUCCAAGCUAAAGCUGGGGGGAAACCCUUGGCUGUGUGACUACAGCAUCCACUACAUGGUGUAUUGGCUAAAACUGCACCCAGUUGUGAGGCACUCCGGUCUACUGUGUCGCUCGCCUCUGGAAUACACGGGUGACAGAGUGGAGGACUAUGUACGCGCCUACAACCAAGGAUGUGUCAAAGACAGGCAGCAGAGUCAGCGAGACCCAACCGAGGAAGACGAGCUGCUUUGGAACUCCCUGGAAGAGGCGCAGGGUGAGCCAGAAGAGGAAAUUGAGCCUAGCCACUUGAUGCAACAUCAGAAGUAUCAAAUUAUCAGACUGUCUUGA